AUGCCCCCACCGUGCCUUGUUACACCGUCUCGUCGACCACCCCAUCUUCAUCUCCCGAACACGCUCACACCGCCAAACAUGCCUCGCCGUGCGAAGAAGGUCGCCCAAGCCGCGAUUGCUGCCUCUGGUCACGAUGUCGACAUGCAGCCAGCCGCGAACGACGCGCCGUUCGAGCCUGCCGCCGAGGUCGACGCGCCUGCUCCCCCUCCCGCAAAGAAGCCGAAGAACCGCUCGGCGCUGAGCAAGGUCAAGGGGAGGAAGGGUGCCAUGGCUGUCUUCAACGCGUUGCCGAUCGACCUCAUCUUCGACAUCGCGUCGCACCUCGACCCGUGCGACCUCUACGUCCUCAGCCGCACCUGCAAGGUCUUCCGCUCGGUCGUCACGGGCACGAACAGCCAGGCUCUUUGGCAGGAGGCGCGCGCUCGCGUCGGUCUUCCCGAGCUCGCUCUGCCCAUGACGGACCUCCAGUACGCGCACCUCUUGUUCGGCAAGGGCUGCACGUUUUGCGACCGCAAGAACGCCGGCAAGCCCGAGCCGUACUUCCGCGCCCGCAUCUGCACCGCUUGCAUGAAGGACAAGUUCUCCGACACGUACACGACUGCAGGCUACACCGCCGUGCGCAAGGCGGCUGGCGAGGACUUGCACCCGAUUGCCAUGUUCUGCACCGUUGGGACGUCCCACAUCUCUCGCUACGGCACACAAUACCGCCUCGCGGAUAUCACCAGGGUCAACGCCGACCUCAAACGUCGCUUCCCGAUUUCGAGCGAGAGUUACGCCGACCGCAACUGGAUCGCCGGAAGGCGCGAUGCUCAGAUGUACGGACGCGAGUAUGCGAGCGAGCCGUCGACGCUGGCGCAGAAGUGGUACGCCGAGGAGAUGGAGGCGAAGGUCAUCGCCCGCCGCGAAGACGGGGACAAGCUUCGCGCGUGGCUCAACAGUCAGGAAAGGGCGAAAGCCCUCUCGAAGGACGAGAUCCGCAAGAUUCGGCGCGAGGACCUCGAGCGUCGCUUCAAGGCGCAGGGCUUCACCGAUAGCGAGUUCAACUACGAGUGGCGCCAGGAAGCGCUCGUGAAGAAGCCGGAACUCCUGACGGAGCGAAUGUGGGCGAAGAACGAGCCGAUUCUCAAGGCCAAGCUGCUCGACAUCCGUCGCCGUCACCGUCGUGCCGCCUUCUCCUCCUGCCUCGCGGGUGCGAAGCUGAACCGCCCGUUCAAGCCUGUCUACCCCGACAUUGACAUGGCCGUCAAGUUCCCCGUCCUCGCCGCCGUCAGCGACGAUCUCGAGGACCCCAAGCCCGCUCAGGAGCUGUUCGCCGAGCACAAAGAAGCCAUCCUCUCCGACAUCGACGGCGUCAUCCGCGACCGCCUCCACGGUAUGCUCCGCGCCGUCGGCAAGGCGUACGAACAGCUCCGGCAGGACCAGAAGAACAAGGCGACCUGGAAAGACGACUACAUCAAGAACCUCACGGUCAACGCUGUCACGCUGCCUCGCCUGCCGCCGUGGAUUCCCCGCGACGACACGACGCCCAUCACCGCGAGCGACGAGCAGAUCGUUGCCUUUCUCGAGUCGCACGACCUCGCCUGCUUCACCUGCGAGGAAUGCCACACUGUGGCAGAAGGCCUCAGUACAGUGCAGCAUUUGACGAAGCCGUACGCGUGCACCAGUGACUAUACGGUCGCGGGAGGACGUGUGCUUCCUACUCUCGACGACUGGGCACGCUGCGGCCGCCCGACCGACCCGAUCCAGACCGACAAGAAGCUCCUGCUCCGCGCACUGUACAUCAAGAAGCAGCUCGACUCGGCCAAGCUCGAAAGUCCCGACAGCUCGCUCCUCGAAGAGGCCGCCAAGUACAACGUCGAUAUGGAAGAGAACAAGAUCUACAAGGUCGAGGUCAUCUGCGAAUGCGAGCCGACGAGGGCGUGGUACAACGGUGCCCGUCAGACGAAAGUCAUGGACAUGCUCAACCACUUCCGCAAGCACAUCAAUCAGGACACGGGCAAGAUCACGAAGAGCACGAUUCGCGUCGAGGUCGAUUACAGCCACGCAUUCCGUCGCGCCGUCUCGUCCGCGCGCAUUCUCGCGGGAGUGCCAGCUGCCGGACUUGCCGACCCGUUCGACUCGCUCGACAUCUUCGGCGGCUAUGACAGCGGCGUCGACUACGACAGCUACGGCGGGUACGAGGACGAGGAGCGCGAGGAGUGCAGCAUCAUGUGA